AAUUGAGUCUAGUCAAAAACACUAGGGACAGCAACUGUCAGAGAAACAACCAAACACAACAAAGUUAGGCAAUCCACAUUACACUUUAACCAAACUUUUAUUGACUUAUCAAAUAUUAAACGUUGCAAACCGUUUGCAAAUUGUAUGAAACAAAUGAAAAUAACUUUUGAAAUGUGUUGCAAUUCAUUGAGAGUGUGAUUAUAUCAAUUAUAAGUAUGGGUCGAGAUAGAAAUGCAUCUCCUGAGAAGUCACAUCACUCAAGAAAUUACUACAGGGAAAGAGACAGGCACCAUCAUAGGUCCAGGAGUAGCAGUAGAGAUCGGUGGAGACGUAGCAGGAGCCGAAGUCAUAGUAAUUCAAGAAAUAGAUACCAUGAUAGACAUGAAAAACAUGACAGAUAUAAAGACAAUAGAGAUAGCUACAAUCACCAUCAUAGAAGAGAUGAGUCAGUAAAUAAUUAUGGAAAUAAUGCUGACAAAAGUUUUCAUGGAGGACAUAAUAGUCAUGGAAAUCAUGGCAAUCAUGGCAAAUUUGCUGCUGCAAUGCACAAACAUAAAAAUCUAUCACAAGAAGAGGAAUUUUUUGAGGCAAGAAGGCAAGAAAGAGAAAUAAUUGGCAUGCAGGAUACUUCUGUGGUUUGGGCACAAUCACCACCUCCAGGAUUAUGUGCAUCAAGUGAUGAAGGUCAGAAUGAAGCAAAGAAAAAAGAAUCCAAAAUGAAGAAAAGCAAGAAAAAUAAAAAGGAAAAGAAGUCCAAGAAGAAAAAAACCAAAGAGAAGAAAAAGAAGAAAGACAAAAAGAAGAAAAAGCGAAAAGAAUCCUCGUCUGAAUCAUCUUCAUCUAGUGAUGAAGCGGAUGAAUGGGUCGAGAAAAACGCCACAACGUCUUCCAAGAUUAAGAACAGAAGACGAUCAUCGUCUUCAUACAGUGAUGAUUCUAAGGAUGGUGUAGUUGGCCCGGAACUAAAAUCACACAGCACGUCGUUAACGCACAAAGAAAUGGGCAAAGCUCUACUACCAGGUGAAGGAGCAGCGAUGGCUGCUUACGUCGCCGAAGGCAAACGCAUUCCUCGCAGAGGAGAAAUCGGCCUCACCAGCAACGAGAUCGAGGUCUACGAAGCGCAAGGUUAUGUAAUGUCCGGUAGCAGACAUCGGCGCAUGGAAGCCGUGCGUAUACGAAAGGAAAACCAGAUUUACUCCGCUGAUGAAAAGCGCGCACUAGCAAUGUUCAGCAAGGAAGAACGCUCGAAGCGAGAGAAUUUGAUUUUGGGCCAGUUUAAAGAAAUGAUCAGUUCAAAAUUAGCCGAUAAAAACAAGUAAAAUAGAAUAUUAUAUUUAAUUUUAUUCGGUAUGACAUGUUUUAAAGUUUAAUUUGAGUAUUAUGCUGAAGGUUUCUGAGUUUGCUCCAGCCAGUCAUCAAAACCUCCUUGGUAGUUGCUUGUGCUGUGAAAAACAUUGAAACAAAUUGUUAAAAUUGCAUUUUUGACAAAGAAACAUGAAGGAUGUUUAUAUGUAAA